AUCGAUGAUGACAUACAGUUCAAAGGAAAAAAAUUAGAUAACACCUCCCCUGAAAUCAUAAGCCUCAUACAUGAAUGGAUACAGCUCCAGUCAACCCAACUAACCUCAGCUACUUCUUCUUCCAAAUGUGCAUUUAGCAAUAUAUCAACUCAGCUACGUCUCUCCCAACAAUGUUUAAACCAUGUAAAUGAUUAUCUAGGGACAUCCUUACUGGCCAUUUGAGAAGUUUGAUUAUAGAAUUUCAAUAUAAAUAAGAGCUUCUUUUAGAAUUUCAUAGAAAACUCCACACUUCCAAAAGUGUAAUCAUCCAAGUUUGCUCCUACCCAUUUUGUCAGGGUGAGUGCUCCUACAAAUAAUUUCCAAUCAGCCAAACCAAGGUGAAAAUAUUCUGUGUGUAAACUUAUAUAAUUGUAUCUGUUUCCAAUGGCUCAUUCUUCCACUGAAGAUCUUGAGGCAAAAGAGAUGGAUGUUACAAGACUGCAAUCCUCACACAUUUACCCAGAUGACUUACCAUAUGUUCCCAAGGUGGGAGUGUCUCCCAGACAGAACCUGUUCAAAGAAAUCACUGCAGCUGCAAGGGAAAUGUUCUUUCCUGAUGACCCUUUAGGCCGAUACAGAGGCCAAUCUCAAUCAAAAAAGUUCAUAUUAGGCCUCCAAUCAGUUUUUCCAAUCCUAGAGUGGGGGAGAGAUUACAGUUUAAUAAAGCUCAAAGGAGAUCUUAUCGCUGGACUCACCAUUGCUAGCCUCUCCAUACCCCAGGGGAUUGGAUAUGCAAAGCUUGCAAAUCUUUCUCCAAAAUAUGGACUUUACUCUGGCUUUGUCCCACCAUUGGUUUAUGCCUUCCUGGGGAGUUCAAGAGAGAUAGCCAUUGGACCAGUUGCUGUGGUGUCUCUCCUGAUGGGCUCCAUGCUCCGAAAUGCCAUUGACCCUGUUGCUAAUCCAGCUGAGUAUACUCGACUUGCAUUUACAGCUACUUUUUUUGCUGGAAUUACUCAAGCUGCACUUGGGUUUUUAAGAUUGGGAUUCUUGAUUGACUUCCUAUCUCAUGCCACUAUUAUUGGGUUUAUGGGUGGAGCUGCCAUUACAAUUGGUCUUCAACAGCUUAAAGGUUUUUUGGGGAUAAAUAGCUUCACAACAAAUAGUGACAUUGUGUCUGUUUUGCGCUCGGUGUUUAGCGCAGCACAUCAUGGGUGGAGCUGGCAGAAUAUACUCAUUGGAGCAUCAUUCUUGAUUUUCCUUCUAAUUACCAAGUAUAUCGGAAAGAAGAAUAAGAAGCUUUUCUUGGUGUCUGCAAUUGCACCAUUGACUUCUCUAGUCUUAGCCACCUUUUUUGUGUACAUUACCAAAGCAGAGAACAAAGGAGUUAUAACUGUGAACACUAUACAGAAAGGUAUCAAUCCUUCAUCAGCAAAUGAACUAUAUUUCACAGGAAAAAACUUAAUGUCAGGUAUUAAGAUUGGCGUCGUCACUGGUAUGAUAGCAUUAACGGAAUCAAUAGCAAUUGGAAGAACAUUUGCAUCAGUCAAUGAUUAUCAACUUGAUGGAAACAAAGAAAUGAUGUCAUUAGGAGUUAUGAAUAUUAUUGGUUCAAUCACUUCUUGUUAUGUAACUACAGGUUCUUUUUCUCGCUCAGCUGUGAACAACAUGGCAGGUUGCAAAACUGCUGCCUCCAACAUUGUGAUGGCAAUCAUCGUUUUACUAGUUUUAGAACUGAUCACACCAGUCCUUGAAUAUACCCCAAAUGCUGUUAUUUCUGCUAUCAUUAUUUCCGCCGUAGUUGGCCUGAUCGACAUUGAGGCUGCAAUACUCGUAUGGAAGAUCGAUAAAUUCGAUUUCAUUGCUUGCCUAGGAGCAUUUAUUGGCACUGUUUUUGAAUCUGUUGAGAUUGGACUCUUGAUUGCAGUCUGCAUUUCCUUUGUAAAAAUACUCCUACAAGUCACAAGGCCACGGAUUGCAAUACUUGGAAAUAUCCCUAGAACAACAAUCUACAGGAACAUCCGACAAUAUCCGGAGGCGACCAAGGUUCCUGGUGUACUUAUACUGAGAGUUGAUUCUGCAUUAUACUUUUCCAACUCCAAUUAUGUCAGGGAGAGGAUCUUGAGAUGGUUAACAGAUGAGGAUGACCAACUGAAGGCAAAAGACCUACCAAGAAUCCAGCACUUCAUAUUUGAGAUGUCACCGGUUAGUGACAUCGAUACUAGUGGUAUUCAUUCCUUGGAAGAGCUAAACAGGAGUCUCCAGAAGAGAAAUGUUCAACUUGUCAUUGCAAAUCCUGGGCCGGUGGUCAUGGAAAAGCUUCAUGCAUCCAAGUUUACAGACUUGAUCGGCAAUCAGAAUAUCUUCCUUACAGUAAAAGAUGCCGUGGCAACAUUUGCACCUAAGAUGGUAGAAGAAGCCUGGGAAGAUUGAUAUGUACCUAUCCUCAAUAAAAGACUGAAGCAUUUCACAUUUUUGAGUAUUAGAAGUGAAAGCUUUUGUAAAUGUAAAUUUUUUAAGGGAAAAUUACAUGAUUACCCA